GGUGGAACGCCGGGCCGACGCUGAGGGGAGCUGGUGGACGAAAACCCGAUCGUGUGAAGGCAACCUACAAUUAAAUUUCUCAAUCACCUUCCAAGUGAAACCAACCUGAACCAAUUAAAACCAAGAAAAAGAAAGAAAAAAAAGAACAUCCCGGUCGACAUUCAACCGAGGCGACGACCAACCCGUUGACUCGGCGGUGCGCGUUCCCGAUGAAAAGAGAAGCCGAGGUCGAUAGCUCAGAGUCGCCGGACAAGAUUCCUAAAACCAUGGCAGACAAUCACCGUGCAACCCAAGAGUCCGCAUUCAUCAGCCCCAGCUCAGCGCGACCCGAUCGUCAAACUCAACUAUUUGACAGACAAUUGAGGCUAUGGGAGAGCUCGGGGCAAAAGCGCUUCGAAGAAGGGGCGGUAGGGAUCUGCGAUUGUUCAUCAACCUCAGCUCAAAUCGCCAAAAAUUUAGUGUUAUCAGGAAUAAGGAUGGUCGAGAUGUUCGACAAAGGAAAAGUGCGACAAUCGGACAUCGGGAACCAUUUCUUUUUAGAACAAGCGAGCUUGGGCAAGAGUCGAGCGGUCGAGUGCAGUCGAUUGCUUGGCGAAUUAAGCACCUCUAAAUACAAUCCGGUCCACGCCAACGACGACGAAAUCUACGACUCUGAACACUGGGAUGGGAUCGAGGAUUAUAGCGGAUUGGCAGAAUGGACGGCCAAGAUCUGCGUCCGAAUGCUCCAUGAUGACGAGCAGGCCACCAGUCGCUACUGCUGGGACUUCAAUGUGCCCGCAAUUUUGGUCCAGACUUGCGGCUUAGUGGCAAGCAUUCGGCUCCAGAUUCGUGAGCUAAGUGUUAUCCAAACCCAUUCCAAGUCCCUAGUCGAUCUCAGAUUGGAUUGUCCCUUUCCAUCCUUAUUGGAAUACGUCAACUCAUUCGAGAUGGACAAGAUGGACAGUCACGAGCACGCCCAUGUCCCGGCCGUUGUCAUCAUCAUCCACUUUCUCGAAAUCUUCAAGUCCAAACACGAUGGAAAACUACCUCAAGGUUCAGCCGAACGAGCAGAAUUGAAGCAGAUGAUCUUGGCUGAGAAGAGAGGCGCCGACGAAGAUAACUUUGAUGAAGCAGUGAGCAUGAUCUGGAAAGCCUGUCAACCGACUAAGGUACCGACACACGUUGAAGAAUUAUUCAACGAUUCGCAUUGCGAGAAACUGCCAUGGUUUGACGGCAGGUUUUGGUUACUAGUGAAAAGCCUGCGGGAAUUUGUGGCGCGGGAUCCGAGCCACCGCUUACCGUUAUCGGGGGUCCUACCGGACAUGAAGUCGGACACCAAGAACUACAUCAAGAUGCAAGCGAUCUAUCGUCAAAAGGCCGCGGAAGACUUGAAAGCGUUCAAGGAGAUCGUCAAUCAACUGGCCGAGUCGAUCGAAGAUGUUGAUGAAGACGAACCCCAAAGUGAAUCAGGCCAUUAUCACGACCCUCCCCAACUCGAUUUAUACUCCGAAAUGGUCGAGACGUUUGUUAAAAACUCGGCCCAUAUACGUGUGAUUCGAGGACGCCGGUAUGGUUCUGAUGUUUCGAAGGAUUUCGUGGCCAAGUUCCAGAGGGAAUGUGAGCCGGAAAACGAAGAGACGACGGCGACCUGGUACUUGGCAUUCGAAGCCUUAUCGGCCUACAGGACAGCCCAUCAAGGCGAGUAUCCGGGGAUCCGGAAAGGACAAGAAGAGGAAGAUGAGCGCAAGCUUUCGUCGAUCGCCCAUGCGAAGUUAAAGGCUCAUGGACUGGGCGAGGCUGGGGUGCCUGAGAAACUGCAACAAGCAUUGAAAGAAAUGGUCAGAUCAGCGGGCUCCGAAUUGCCGCACAUCUCGAGUCUAGUGGGCGGCUUAGUUUCCCAAGAAGUGAUCAAAUUGAUCACGCGUCAGUACAUCCCCAUGAACGGCACUUGCAUCUAUGAUGGCUAUAGAUCGGCGACCGGAAUUAUAGAAUACUAGCAAACCCAUCCCACAAGAAAUUUAUUCACAGAUAUCUUAUGGCCUUCAUUUUAUUCCUAUUCCUUGAUGGAUCCAAAAAAUAAAUAAAUCAAACAUUUUUUUUUCUCGCAACAAUGGAACUGUUUCGCAGCCAACUAAGCGGGAAAGUCUUGAAUAGAUACGCUUAGUCAAUGCCUGAUACCAACAAGCAUUGUGAGGAAAAAAAAACAGCAUGCAACUUGAGGGAUUGGAUGAUUUUACAUUUGGAUAUGCCUGGACUCU